AUGGCGAUCAUUCCGCCCGUCGAGUUCAUUGACGAGUUGAAGGCUAAUUCGGCUACCGACCGCUGGGAUGUCAUGGUUUCCUAUUCGGAGAAGCAGCUGAACGACCUCCUUGCUGUUCGCUGGAAGCGCUCGAUGAAGCCGGUGCCGCUCAAGUUCGAGAUCAGCACCCCCAUUGACCGCAACUCUGCUCUAGUCCAGGCAUUCGACAUUAAGCUCGGAGAGCCCUCUUUGCAAUUUGCCACCGCCAGGGGCAAGGCAAUGCUCAGCUUCCCUAUCGAAGGCGGUUGGCAAAGCAAGAUGGUCGGGAAGGGCAGAAAGGAUUGGGAAAUGGACCCCGUGACGAUUAGGCCAAACUCUUAUGCCGUGGACAUCUCCGUCCCCGUCAUCCACAUGUUUGCGAAUGACUCGGAGUCCACCAUAUCUGAGCCUGAAGGCGAGCUGGCGGGUAACAAACCAGAGGAGCCGUCGCGAGCCAUUGUCGGCGACGGCACGGAAAUUCACUUUGAGGAGGACAAGAUUGGGUCCACCUGCAUAACUUUCCAGUUCGACAAUGAGAAGAUCGAUGCAGAGAUCCGGAACACGACCGGCAAGCCACUCGAGGACGACUCGGUCAUGCUCAAGACGAAGAACAACAUCGUUAACGGACUGGUCACCUACGUGCUGGACAAGAAGCACGUGAAGUGGAUUCAUUAUAGCAUCGCCGUCGUGACCAACAAGCCUGGCGCGCUCAACGUCUUCAUCAAGACCAAGGGCGGUACCGCCGGCAGCGGCAUGAGCCCGCCGUCGUUUCGCCAUUCCAGCACCAGGGACAUUCUCCCUUUCCCGAUCGGCUACGACUCGUCCAUCAUCAUAUCUCGCCGCCUCUUCGUCAAGGACUUUCUCCUCCCCAACCUGAAGACAUUCCUGAAAAACCUCCAGAGUGACCGGCCCAUCGAGGACAAAAAGCCCACCUCAGGUACGGGGCUGGAACUCAAUCUCCGCCUCGACCAGAACAAGACGAUCUGCUACUCCGACCUCAACUCUGGAUGGGGUGCGACGUUGUUCACGGUGCACGAUUUUACGACAGACUUUGACAUGCACCCGGUCACUGUCGUCAUUGACAAGGGAGGCGAUGGGAUCACGCCAGAGGCGAAAUGGCACUGGGAGUUCACAUCCCGUUUAGAUUGGGAAUUUGAUACCACAGUUGGCGGUUCUUCCAACUUGGGCGGGAGAGCCACAGUAACCGCUACCAUGCCGGGCACGCCGCACCCCUUCGCCACCAUCUCAGGCGACUCCUUGGACAUCAGCCUCGCCUUCCGCGACCCCACGGACCAGCCGAAACUCAAUUUCAAGGCCGAGUACCGCAAGAGGCCGUGGUACGUGCACAGGGAAAUGGUAGAUUACGUGCCCGACCGGCUGCACAAGCUCAGUGUCAAGCUCACCCCCUUCGAGCUGAGCUUCCCCAAGCUCGACUUCUUCGCCACGCAGAACGUCUUCGCCCCGGGCACGCGCUUCAUGACGGCCACGCAGGUCCUGUUUCCGCAUGACGUCGUGCUCGCGGGGAAGAUGGUCGUGGAAACUGCUCGGGGUGGUGCUGCUGGGGGCGGCUUUGCUGGGAUAGCUGCUGUUGAGAGCGCUCCCACCACCACUGACCUCCCGACCACGAGAUCAUUGGCCUACUCCGCUUACAUGUACAUGCCCGCCGCUGCCGCCGGGGCUGCGCAGGGGCUCAAGGAGCUUCUAGACCGGCUAUAUACCGACAACCGCUUCCUCGGAGACGCCAUGACCGUUGCCGACGACAGGGACGGCGAGGGGGUGUUGGAUUGGUUCCACGAACAGGGAUACCAGAUUGCCUGGGGCGGCGUGAAGAAACAACUGGAAGACCUGACGCUUCCUGGUCCCAAGUUCGACGUGCGGUUCGCCGGAGGCGUGUACAAGCUGAAGGAUGAGAGCCUCGGGUUCGAAGAGCUGUUCGUGCACCCGGUCACCCGCAAGGUCUACAUCGACGGCCAGGAGACCGUCGCAUCCGAGACAGAUGGGACGAACGGCAAUCUGCUUGUGACGGUCACCGACGGCGAUGGAGGAGAACACCGCCUGAAGCUCGAGUUUGCAGCCAAAGACGGGCUCGUCACUGGUCUCACGGGCAGCACCUGGCCGACCGAUGCCCCUGACAAGACGUCUCCCGUCAGCGGGGAGAUAUUCUUUCCAUGGGACGACAAACGGCCGACCGGACCGGACCGGCGCGACGUGUCACCGGCGGAGAAGCACUGGGAGCGCGAGGCCAAUCAGUAUUACGCCGUGGGCCUUGACUUGGUUUCCCCGAUGCGCGUCCCGCCGCUGUCGCCCAACGACGCGGCGGCCGUGACCGAGAGAUUCUUCGCUCCGAUGAUGCUGAUGGCUCCUCCUGAGGCCGCUGCUCCGGCGAUAACGCCACGUAUGUGUCGGGACAUCAUUGCCCUGAUCGAGUGGCCCGUUACGGCUCCAUACCGAGCAUGGAAGUUCCUCCAAGGCGUCCAGAAGAGGAAAAAGAACAAGGUCCUCGAUCAGUACAGCGACAAAACCAAGUUGUUCAUCGCCGAGGAGCCCCUCCCAGAGGAAGUGCUCGAUCAGUUUCACGAAGCGGUGGAGCGGAACGUCAACGAAGCAAUGGACGUGCCGGGGUACCGCAACGAGAAGCCGGAGAAGAUCCGAGAGUUUAUCGAACGCGGCCUUCGCGAGGAGCUGGUCCGGACGCUCACCGGACUCUCGCGGCGCGAGCUCGCCGAGCAGCUCAAGGCUCUCGAGGGAGCCAGGGGCUUGCAGACCAAAACCGUCAUCAACGAAGCCAUCGACAGUCGACUGGGGACGGACAUUGACAGGAAGAACUACGAGCCGUACCUGGAGAGCUGCAUUGCGAGGCGGCAGGCAGAGCUGAAGUAUGAGGACGCGUUGAAGGACGUGGAGAAAUUCCAGGAGGUCAUCAAGAGAGCGCGGCAAGAGUAUGAAGACCACGCGACCGAGAUUCAGAAGAGGAAGACGGAACUGGAGUCUAUGAGGAAGGACCUCGAAGAACAACCGUCGGAGCCCGAGAGCCGCGAGAAGAGAGUGAAGGAGCUGGAGGAAGAAGUCAACAAGAUUGUGGAGAAACAGAAAGAAGCUGCAGAGCGACGUGCGGAGGCGGAAGAGAAAAAGGAAGAGAAGGAAAAGGAGAGAGACAAUGAAAGCGAAAAGAAGACAAACAGGGAGAAGGAGGUUGAGUUUCAUAAGAAGAGAUGGCUCAAGGAGCAUGAAAAGCUCUAGGCAUCAGAGAAUGAUGCUUAACUCCUAGCGCAACGAGGAGAGAGGAGUAGAAGAUGAUUGUCAUGGACGAGGACGAGAUUGACG